UAAUUCUUGGAUUCCAGCCUACCCCUGCGCCGUCUCUGCUCGCAUAUUCCAUGAACAAAACCCUAAUUCGUUAUGAAAAACAAUGAAAUUGUAUGAAAGAUUUAUGUUCAUAUUGAUCUUAAAUACGAGGGUUUUCAGUCCACUGAACUGAUAAUCAAUAACCCUAUUCAUAAUCCACCCACACUCUGUUUUCCACUUGACACAAUGCGGAAAAUCUUUCAAAAUAACCCAAAACACUUUCUGGGUAUUCACCAAAACACCAUCAAAAGACCCAGAUCUUUAUCUUACAUACCAUCUUCCAUCAAACAAAAUCAGUUCUUGCUGAGUGAAAUCAAGACCAUUCUUCAAUCAGACAACUGGGAAACCAUUCUUUCAGCCUCAAAGGUGCCCAAGAAGCUAAACCCACAUGUAAUUCAAAUGCUUCUUCAAGAAAACCAGGUGGGUAUUCAAUCAAAUGCCAAAAAGAUUACAUUUUUAGCCAUUACUCUAUGUAACCAUCACUUGUAUGGCUGUGUUAGUCUUCUAGUUGAUGAAAUGAUUGCAAUGAGGUUGUCUCCAUUGUGGGUUUUGGAUUCUUUUGUAAGCUGUUAUAAAGAAAGUUUUGGUUCUUCUUGUGUUGAUUUGAAUCACAAGGUGUUUGAGGUUAUUGUUGAUAGGUAUAGAGUAAAGGGGUUGUUAGAUGAAGCUGCUGAGAUUCUUUUGAAAAAUGAUGAGUUUGAACCUAGCCCUUUGUUUUUCAAUUCAUUUUUGAAAGAUUUGAUUAAAGGUAAGAAGUUGGAGCUUUUCUUAAGAGUAUGUGAAGCGAUGCGGGAAAAAGUCGGUUUCUUUGAUGUCUACGCGUAUACUAAUAUGAUCAAAGUUUAUUGUAUGGUGGGAGAUGUAGAGAAAGCAAAAGAGGUGUUUGUUAAGAUGGGUGUGAACGGGUGUGACCCGAAUUCUUUCACGUACAAUGUGAUUAUUGAUGGGUUGUGUAAAACGGGCCGUCUUGAUGAAGCCGUUGAGUUUAAGAAGAGUAUGGUUAAUAAGGGGUUAGUUCCGGAUGUGUUUUUGUAUACCACAUUAGUUAACUGUUUUUGCAAAAUGAAGAGAUGGGAAGAUGCAAGAACGGUGUUGAGUGAGAUGCGUGAUGCGGGUGUGGAGCCGAAUGUGGUGACGUAUAACGCGUUAGUUAAUGGGUUCAUGUCGGAAGGCGAUGUGGAAGCGGCGUUUAGGGUUAAAGACGAGAUGGCCGCUAGUUGUGUUGGUGCAAAUUUGGUUUGUUAUAAUACGCUUCUUCAUUGGCUAUGCAAGAUGCAUAAGAUGGAUAGAGUACACGAGUUAAUAAACGAGAUGAUAAGUUUAGGCAUGAAACUAGAUUUUAGAACGUAUACCUCGUUGAUUCAUGGGUAUUGUAAAGCGAAGCGAAUGAAUGAUGCUUUUGCAGUUGUGGAAGAGAUGAAGAAGCUUGAUUUGCAACCGAAUGCAAAAAGUUACGGUCUUUUAAUCAUUGGAUUAUGUCACACUCUAGAUCUUGAAAAGGCGGAAGCACUUAUGUUGGAACCGAGUGUGAAGAAUCUCAAACUCGAUCAUGUAGUUUACGAGACCCUUCUAAGCGCUUGUUCAAAAGUAAACGAUUACAGAAAGUCGAAAAAAGUUUUGGAGGUGAUGAAGGAGAACGCUAUAGUCCCAAAUGAGAUUUGUUACGGAAACGUUAUCGGAUGCCUUUGCAGAGUUAAGAAAAUGGAAGAAGCGAGAUUUUACAUGAAUGAAAUGAUGGAUCACGGUUUAGAGCCAAACGCUCACAUAUUUGGAGCGUUAGUCAACGCCUAUUGCAAGUUAGGAGAAUUAAACGUUGCAAAUAAGUACUUUUACGCAGUGCUAGGACGUGGUUUAGUCCCGUUAAUUUCAACUUACGAAAUUUUAAUUCAAGAAAACUGUAAAAGUGCCAACUUAAUCGACGCGUUCUCCGUUUUUCGAUUCGUGCUAUCCAGAAAGUUCUUUUCCGUCAUGUGUACGUACAGAGUCCUUCUUGAUAGUCUCAUGAAGUGGUCAAAAUACGUAGAAGUUUCUGGGCUCUUGAUGGAACUAAAAAACGAGGGUAUAGUUUUUAAUCUUUCAUCGUAUUCUCUUAUAUUUUGUUUGUGUGAUAGAGGAAAAGUUGGAGAAGCUUAUAAGCUUGUUGAAGACGGUUGGUUUACUCCAAAUAUAUAUACGUAUAACAUCUUGAUGAAGGGUUUUUUUCGAGUUGGUAACACCGAGAGAGCAAAACAAUUGUUUGAUGAAAUUAAGCGGAAGGGUUUGACUCCAGAUGAUUUAAUGUACCGGACGAUGUUCACUGGUUUCCGCAAGUUAAGGGAUUUAAACGCAGCAUGUGGAAUACUAGAUGAAGCGGCCCAGAAGGGCAUACCGCUAGCUCCGUAUGAGUAUGAUCGUCUAGUAGAUUACUGUUACAAGAUUGGAGAUUUGGAGAAAGCUAAGGAAUUGACUCAAAAAAUGACUGCCAUAGGUUUGACGUUGCGUUCUGUCGACACGUCGGACUUUAAAGAUCAAGAAACCAAAAGAAGUCAAAUGGGAAUAUGAUAAAGGAAGUAAAAUAGCUCUUAUUAGCAGCCUUGUUUGUUCCAAAUCUUUAUGGCACGGAAACCAAGAAGGGGAACGGAGAAAGGCUUGAUUUUUUUCUCGAAUGGCGUCGUGAUUGAAGGUCAAACAAACAGGGUCAACGGUUCCGAGCAUUGAAGUCUUUGAACUUUCAGAUGCAACCAUGAUAAAACAAUGACAGUAUCUAAAUAAUAACGAUAGGCCUACCGUUCGGUAGUUAGUUUUUUACUUUUUUUGGUAACCAAUUUGCUAGCAGGCUGGCUAAUACAAUGUUCAUAUUAUUUUUUUUUUAAAUUAUUUAGUUCCUUUAUCCUUUUGAAAACACCUGCAGAUGUUAGUGGUUAGCAAAUAGAAUGUAAAUAAAAUGUUGCAGAAAUGAGAAUUGAAGGUUAGCAAA